UUCUUUGCGGUCCUUUGUGUAUCGGUUAUAAAAAGGCACCACCUGUAACUGUUAGAUACGAAUCGAAUUUUACUUUUUUAAUAUGGUCACUUUCAACCUCUCAUCACUCAUAGCGCUUUGCCUCGCUGGUGCAACACUACAAGGUGCAGGAGCCGCCAGUCUUCAGGCAAAUGCCAAGCGGGAUGAUGCUGCCUCAGGUGUAUCUGGAAACUCCACUCUUGUAACGCCUGCACUUGCCAAAUCUCCACCUUCUGGUUCAACGUCAUGUAAAAGCUUCACCCAAAAUUUCGUUACUAAUCCUGAUAUGAGUCAGUAUUGGGUCGACCAGUCCGAUGCUGAGGGUACCUGGGAUGUAACUUCUGGCGGGCUGGAAAUGAAGGUCCUGAAACCUACCUCUGGAAAGGCUGGUCCAGGUGCUACUUUCAGUACCAAGUUCUUGAUGCAGUAUGGAACUGUUGAAGCUACGCUCAAGAGUGCCCCGGUUGACGGUAUCGUUACCGCAUUCAUCUUCAUGUCUCCUGGUGGUGACGAAAUUGAUUAUGAAUGGGUCAGUAACGAGGCCCAGACUUCAUAUUUUUACCAUGGCGUUCUGGAUUACUCCACAGAAGGAAAAUACAUUGUUGCUGACGAUAGCUCAGCCUUCCACAACUACAAAAUCUCCUGGACUGAAGAAUCCAUCCAGUGGUUUGUUGACGGAAAGAACAUCCGCACCGUGACAAAAGAAAGCACCCUCCAUAAAGGUGUAUACAACUACCCCACCGAAGCAUCUGCGGUCCAAAUUGGUAUUUGGGACGCUUCUAAGGUUGCUUCAACAGCAGAGUGGGCUCAUGGUCCUGUUAACUGGUCCCAGGAACCCUCAACAAUCAGUGCUGUAGUACAAUCUAUCACUGUAACUUGUCCGUAAGCAAUCUUAGUUUCUUAUCUUUAUUGCUCGUAAAUUCUUAUUAUCAUGAUUUUCACCGAGUGUCUUUUGUCGAUGAUCCAAACCAAAACUUUUUAUAUUAAAAAAAACCCAUAAAUCUUAGCCG